CGAUGCUGCUUCGUCCACGACCGUUUGGCUAACCACACCGAGGACCUCCGAACCGCCUAGCCCCCUUCCCUUCCCUCCUCCGCGUUGCGCCGCCGCCGCCGCCCCUCCGUCAGCACGUAUCCCAUUGUGUGUCUGCGUCAUGGAGUCUCGCCAACGCAGUCCAACCCCGCUUUUGAAGACGUGUCGCACAUGCGCCCACGCCAAAAUCAAGUGCGAUCGUUCACAGGACUCCAACGUCUGCGAUAGAUGUCUCCGGCUGGGCAAAGAGUGCACAUAUGCUGUGGCCCGCGGGAGGAAGCCGCCCGGGCCGCGUUCCAGGACCAACAAGCUGCUGCAGGUCCCGGAGAGGCCGGCCCAACCUGCCCAACCCGUGACCGAAAGUCCUUCCGGCUCUGAAAGCCUUACGCCCGAUCAAAGCCGGACCCCUCCGCAACCUGCUGCCUCAUCUGGUAUUUCAUCCACCCAACAGCCCCGAACCGGUGAUGCCGGUCCAGCCGGUCCAAGCCUUGGCAGCGGCGCUGAUGACCCGUUCGAGGCCGGCCAACUUUCUAUCGACAAAGGACAGAAGCUCCUCGAGAGGUUUCGUACCAGGUUGACGCCUCACUUUCCAUUCAUCAUCAUCCCAGCAUCAGAAAAUGUGAACUCUUUGAGACAGUUAAGGCCAGCCCUGUUGCUUGGCCUUCUCGCUGUUUCGUCAUACGAUGAUGUCCGGCUGCAGCGAGCGCUGGGUCAGAUGUUCAACGACCUCAUCGCGGCCCGUUUGGUGAGGGGUGACUUUGCCUGUCUCGACGUACUCCAGGGCCUCCUCGUCCAUCUCGCCUGGGCCCACUUCCAACCAAGGCCGAAGAGAUACUCACAGCAUCUUCAUCUAGCUACGAGCAUAGUGUCUGAUCUGCGUUUCGAUAGGCCAAAGAAUCCAAAGCGCUGGAAUGUUGAAGGGAUGAGCACUUCACAAGACUAUGUCGAUUCUUUGGACGAACGUAGAACGUUCCUUGGGACGUAUUAUCUCUCUUCCUGCACAAGUAUCGUGCUCCAGAAGCUUCGCAUAGUCACCCUUUCCAGUUACAUCACCGAAACUGCCGAAAGACUAGCGGAGAUCUCUGAGUACCCCACUGAUCAGUACCUCCCGUACAUCAUUAGCCUACAACGGCUAGCAGAAGACAUUGAUGACAUCGUGAAGAACGAGUCGACGCUGGAUCCUAUGCAGAUUCAAGCUGCAGUGUCAGAAGCCAAGGAAAGGGUCGACGCGUUCAAGGAAGGGUUGACCUUCGCUCUCGGCGAUUGUCCAAUCUUGGUACCUCAGUUGCACACAAUUCAGCUCUGCCUGAAUCAGCUGUCUCUGCCAGAGACGCCUUUCGGUCUCAUCAACCCGCAAAAUGCCCCAAUGCAGCGGUUCAUCGCAGGUUUGUCCGAGAGCAUAGUAUCGGCCAAAUCUCUCGUCAGUGUCCUCCUCCAUACGCCUCAUGGACAAGAGGUCUACUUUCCAAACAUAGUCUGGGUAAUGCUGCAUUGUGGCUUCACUCUAGCUGCUCGGCUGGAUCUUCUAGCUGCAGAUCCCAGGGUAGGGUUCAUGGCGGAGCACCUCAGGCAGUUUGCAGACAUUGGACACACUAUCCGCCAGGUCGUGCUAAGGCUCGACGCUGCGAGUUCACCAGAACUUGACGACAGAGGCGACCGCGACAGUUUCUAUCACUUUGCGAUUCGGGCAAAACGUGUCGAGAAGUUUUACCUACAGGCACAAAGUCAGGCUACUGCUGCCCAACAACAAGAAAUAUCGCCCCAUAUUAUCCACGCCAGCCUGCCAGGGUCUACUGCAGGAUUUACGACGAUGGGCACACCAAGCUCCGAUUUUUCGAACCAAAAUCCAAGCCUGGAUUACACAGUCGCGUCCUCCAUAUUCUCGCAGAAUAUGGUGCCGUCGGGCGGAAACGUCGCGUACCCGGACUUUUCUAUGGCCAACACGGCGACACUGGUCUCAAACCCCGAUUUCGUCAUGGAUACCCUCUCCUUCUUACCAGAAUCUUUCAUUCCUUUCAGAGGUUGGGGCAGCGGUAUGGGCAGCGAGCACAGUGGCGGAGCGCAGUUUUAGUGCAAUCCUUUUGAAAAUGAGAGGGAGCAGCAGCAAUUUAAUGGUUUUAAGUGACGAUUACGGCGGGGUCGGACACGGACUCGGAUACGGACUUUGAACAUUCUACCUCUACGUAGUAUUGGCAACCGGAAUUAUUGUCUGCCGAAGCGAGCAACGUUUUUUGCAGGCGGGAGAAAACUAGUGUCAAUCCACGUGAUUAUCAAUAGAGGAUCGGUGUAUCUUCAGUUGUUGCUUUAACAAUACUGCCUGAACUCGGUAGGCUAGAGAAGUGCUGCGUGCGUGGCCUCCGUGUCCGUAGUUGGGUAGGCUGCCUACUUACUUACUGCCACACGGACAGCGAGUCGUCAUCGAGAGGCAUUGAGAAAUGGUAUAUAACACAGUCAAAGUCCGUAGUGAAGAUGAAGAAUAGAAUUCAGUAUCGC